GUCUUCAUUUUAUCAUGUGCUAGCUCGUCUAAAUUUUAUUUUUCCAUAUUCAUAAUAAACCUUUGGGGAAGGUUCCAUAACGAAGUAACCACGAAAUUCAAAACUCUGAGUUGUCACAAACAACAAACAACCCUUAUCUUUCUUCCAUCAAAGUUUACAUAGUAGCAUAAACCUUCACACAGUGCUACAAAUAUAUAAACCAGUUGUAACAUAUAGUAACAUACACAUUAGCAUCAACAUGGCAUGGUCAUAUUCAUCUUCAUCUUCCACAUCCUCAUCCAAAAAUACACCUCAAGAAAAUCACGAAGUGUUCAUUAGUUUUAGAAGUGAUGACACACGCAAAACUUUCACAAGCCAUCUUAACGGUGCUUUGAAGAGAUUAGAUAUAAAAACUUACAUAGACAACGAUCUUAAAAGCGGUGACGAAAUACCGACUUCGCUUGUUAACGCCAUCGAAGAAGCCAAGCUUUCCGUCGUUGUUUUUUCAAAAAACUACGCGGAGUCAAAAUGGUGUCUGGAAGAACUUGUGAAAAUACUCGAAUGUAAAGAGACGAGAGGGCAAGUUGUUGUGCCGGUUUUCUAUGACGUUGAUCCUUCUGAUGUUAGGAAUCAGAGGGGAAGCUAUGCUGAAGCUUUUGCUAAGCAUGAGAAGAACUUUGAGGAGAAGAAGAAGGUGCAGGAAUGGAGGAAAGGUUUGACAGAAGCUGCUAAUUUUUCUGGUUGGGAUUGCAAUGUCAACAGGACAGAAUUGGAAUUAGUUGAAGAAAUUGCUAUGGAUGUUCUUGAAAAGGUGGAUCGAGUUUAUGUUGGUGACCUAGAUCAUGAGAUUGAUAAGUUAGAGAAACUGGCAAAGCUCCAAUAUCAAUUUUAUCAAAGUAUAAUUACUCUUGAAAAUCUGAACAAGUAUAAUGCAACGGUUCGACGUAUUACAGAAAUUAAAAUGGAGAGAAGUCUCCGUUUGCUUCGAUUGACACCUGAUUUGCUUUCACAUUUAGAGGGCUUUUCAAACAACAAUAGUAGGUCUCCAUUUUAAACAAAUUGAUGUAUUAGUUUUAUGAGGAUUCAAUUGUUGUUUAUUUAUUAUAUGCGAAGUUUCAAUUUGAUGAGUAUGGUGAUGAGAAAUGCCAUUCUAUAUAAAUCAUUUGUAUGCUCUAGCUUUAACAAGGGUGUGAUUUGGACUAUUCUCAAUAUCAAUAGAUGAGGUUAUGGACAUGUCAUAA